AUGUCUCCUCCUGCAGUAGUCACUGAAUCCGGCGAUGGACAACCUGAGAAACCGGUGGCUGAUACUGUCAUCGCUGAAGAGCUCGAGAAGAAGCUUCAGACUGAUGAACCAAUUGUAGAAGAUGUCAUAGAUGACGAAGAAGAUGAUGAUGGCGACGUAGAAGAGGAAGACGACGACGCUCAAGGUGUAAGUGAAAGCUCAAAGCAGAGCAGAAGUGAAAAGAAGAGCAGGAAGGCAAUGUUGAAGCUCGGUAUGAAACCAGUUACAGGUGUUAGCCGAGUGACCAUCAAAAGAACCAAAAACGUGCUCUUCUUCAUCUCAAAGCCUGAUGUCUUCAAGAGCCCACAUUCAGAGACCUAUGUUAUAUUCGGUGAGGCCAAGAUCGAGGACUUGAGCUCUCAGCUUCAAACGCAAGCUGCUCAACAGUUUAGGAUGCCUGAGAUUGGAGCAACGUCUCAGAGAGCAGAGGCAUCAACAGCAACAGUGGAAGCACGAGCGGAAGACGAUGAGGAAGAAGUUGAUGAGACCGGUGUGGAGGCUCGUGACAUUGACUUGGUCAUGACUCAGGCUGGAGUUACACGCAGCAAAGCUGUUAAGGCACUCAAGGGUCACGAUGGAGAUAUUGUAAGUGCAAUAAUGGAACUCACUACUUGA